CAAAACUCGUCCCCCACCAAAAACCCUAGCUCUCUCACCAACCCUAAACCCACCGAAACCCUUGCGCUCUCCCCACGCCUCCUAAUCCUAACCCCCCCGAUCCCCCCCGCCGACGACCUCGCCGGAGAUGACCACGGCGGCGGUGGAGCAGCGGGCGAGGCGCCGUCGCAAGCGGGAGGAGCCGGGGGCCGCGUCCGCCGCCGAUCCGGCCAGGGCGGGGGCCGAAGAGGCCGACCCGGAUGCGGAGGAGGCGGGAAGCGAUGCGGGAUCGAAGCGCAGAUCGGGGAAGAGGAGGCGGAAGGCGCCGGCGAAGAAGGAGGCGGUUGGCGACGAUGAGUGCGCGGAGGAGUUAGAUGAGGAGGAGAUGGAGGAGGAGGAGGAGCCACGAGAGGAGGAGCGGAGCGAGGCGCCGAAGAAGAGGGUGGCGCAACCUAGGAAGCAUAGAUCGGAUGAUGGCGACGAGGAUUCGGAAGUGUGCUUUGUUGGGGAUCCGAUACCGGAUGCGGAAGCAAAGGAGCGGUGGCCGGAGAGAUACAAGAAGAAGGUGUGGACCACUUUUGUUGUCAAUAAAAGGGGUGAUGAAGACGAAGAUUUGAAGGCAAGGUGCCAUUAUUUGAAAGCGAAGGUUGAUGGCAUUGUUUAUGACCUUGGGGACGAUGUAUACGUCAAGGCUGGAGAUGGGGAGCCUGAUUACAUUGGGCGGAUCGUAGAGUUUUUUGAAGGGAGGGAUCACACAUUGUACUUCACAGCACAAUGGUUCUUCAAAGCAGAAGACACAGUCAUCAAAAGUCAUGCCAGCAUUCAUGAUCCAAAGAGAGUUUUCUUGUCAGAUGAGAAAAAUGAUAAUAUUCUUGAUUGCAUCGUGUCUAAAAUCAGAAUUGUCCGUGUUGCUCCAAAUAUUGAUUUGGAUGCAAAAAAGAAAGCAAUUCCAGACUGUGAUCUUUACUAUGAUAUGUCUUAUACGUUGGCAUAUUCAAUGUUCACGAAUUUGCCACCAGAAAAGAAGAGAGCGGGUAGUGAGACGUCAUCAACAAUUUCUUCUGAAGAAGCACCAAAUACUUCAAAAGCAAAAUCACAUUCUGAUUCCGAGGAAGCAUCCUCAGGGGAAAAGAAUGUGAUAGCACUACUGGACCUUUAUUCAGGUUGUGGUGCUAUGUCUACAGGUUUAUGCUUGGGUGCUGCUUUAUCUGGCUUAAAUCUUCAAACACGCUGGGCAGUUGAUAUAAAUAGCCAUGCAUGCGAAAGUCUCAAACUUAAUCAUCCACGAACAGAGGUGAGGAACGAGAAAGCAGAAGACUUCCUAGCCCUUCUCAAGGAGUGGGAGAAAUUAUGUAAAAAGUAUAAAGUUGCCGCAUCAGAAAAUGGUGAACAUUGUUGCUUCGACGAUGAUGAGGCGGAUGAUUCUUCUGAAGUCCCUAAGGGUGAAUUCGAAGUUGGAAAGCUUGUCGGUAUAUGCUAUGGUGAUCCCCAUAACAUUGGGAAAGUUGGUUUGAAGUUCAAGGUACGAUGGAAAGGUUACGGACCUAGUGAUGAUACAUGGGAACCUAUGGAGGGAUUAAGCAAAUGUCAAGGGAAGAUUGAAAGCUUUGUGAGAAAUGGGUACAAGAAAAAUAUAUUACCUCUACCUGGCACUGUUGAUGUCAUCUGUGGUGGGCCACCAUGUCAAGGGAUCAGUGGAUUCAACAGGUUUAGGAAAAAUACAGCUCCACUUGAGGAUGAGAAGAAUCAACAGAUGGUUGUUUUUAUGGAUAUUGUGGAGUAUCUGAAGCCGAGAUAUGUUCUUAUGGAGAAUGUGGUUGACAUAUUGAAGUUCGCAAAAGGGUUUCUUGGAAGAUAUGCAUUAAGCAGAUUUGUGGCGAUGAAUUAUCAAGCUCGGUUAGGCAUGAUGGUUGCAGGGUGUUAUGGUCUUCCACAAUUCCGAAUGCGUGUUUUCCUUUGGGGCGCACUUCCAACAGAGAUUUUGCCUCAAUUUCCACUACCUACACAUGAUGUUGUUGUUCGGGGAGGCACACCAAACGAGUUUGAGCAAAAUAUUGUCGCAUAUGAUGAAACACAAGAUAGGGAUCUGAAGAAAGCACUGCUACUUGCCGAUGCUAUAUCAGAUCUGCCACCGGUUGAAAAUGAUGAAGAGCAUGAUGAGUUGCCCUAUGCUGGCCCUCCACGAACAGAAUUUCAGCGCUUUAUUCGGCGCAGUCGAGCAGAUAUGUUGGAUUUUUCCUUUGAUGAUGAAAGAACUGCCGCGAAGGGUAAAUUGUUCGACCAUAGACCUCUAAAGUUAAACGAUGAUGAUUACGGUCGAGUCUGUCAAAUUCCCAAGAGAAAGGGUGCCAACUUCCGUGACCUCCCGGGAGUUAAGGUUGGUCCUGACAAUGUUGUGGAGUGGGACCCUGAAGUUGAACGGGUACUACUGCCCUCAGGAAAACCUCUGGUACCGGACUAUGCUAUGUCAUUCAUUAAGGGGAAAUCUCCAAAGCCUUUUGGGCGCUUGUGGUGGGACGAAACUGUGCCUACGGUUGUGACUCGAGCUGAACCCCACAAUCAGAUCAUUUUGCAUCCGGAGCAAGAUAGAGUUCUAACAAUCAGGGAGAACGCAAGGCUCCAAGGUUUUCCAGAUUACUACAAGCUUUGUGGCCCUAUUAAACAGAGGUAUAUACAAGUCGGAAAUGCUGUCGCAGUCCCCGUCGCGAGGGCUCUAGGAUACGCACUAGGGCUAGCCUUCCAGGGCAGAGUCCACGACGACAAACCGCUCUUCACGCUUCCGAAGAGUUUCACUUCUUUUGGCCAAGCGACUUCAACAUCCGCCAGUACGAAAGCAGUCGGCGAAAUUGUGGAAUGAGUUCGUGCCCGUUUCGAUUCUUCAUUAUUGCCAAGUGUAUUCGAUUUCACGACAUCAUUGAGUGACAUGCCAGUGUGUUGUAUUGAUCACUCAGAACAUAGCAGUCAUUUACGCGCAGUCUCGAAGAACAACAUAUUUAUCUUUACCCCGCGUCAUUUAUCAUCAUUUAUCAAUGAGAAAUUUCGUGUAACUUAGAUUGUUACUUAAAUUAGUUAUAAUUUUAAUCUACAUUAUUACAUGAGCGAAA